UACCCUACCCCCCAACAAACCACACCCCUCCCUUCCCCCCCGGGUGACUCACCGAUCACGGCCAGGGUGAGGAAGAUGAACGCCCCGCUCAGAGGAACCAGGUCGGGCCGGGACAGAGUGAGGAGGCGGCGCCCGAUGUUCCGCUCUGUCCCCGGGAGGGAGCCGCGGGCCUGGGGCCGGAACAGAGCCGCCGCCGCCUCCACGAGGCCGAGAGCCAGUGCCGAGGCGGCGUGAGGGAGGAGGAGAGCGUGUAUCACAUGCAGGAAAAUGGCUGGAUCAAAGUGUCUCAGGAAGAUGCUGGUGUUCUGCAGCACAGGUACACUGCAGAGAUUCCAUGAGCUGCUCAAGACCCAUCUGAAAUCAAAUCUUAGUCAAAGCCAGCAACUGAACUAACUAAAUAUUAAUCCCCUGGACCAGUAGGCUCAAUGAAUGGUCUACAGCUGACUGCUCACUCAAGUGCCAUCGUAGUUGUGAACUUAAACCAAACAGCAUCAUAAAAAAUUUUCUACAAACAGAAUAGUGUGUACAUUUACACUUCUAAUCUGCAUCAUAUAUACCACAGUUAACAGGUUAUUUUUUAUCACUUUGCUGUUUGUGGGAACUUGCUGUGCUCACUUUGGAAGCAGUGUUUCUUACUUGGCAACAAUAUUUACACUUCAAAAUAUCCUACAUUGGCUGUGAAAUACUUUUGAGUCUGGAGUGGUUAUGAAAAGCACUAUAUAAAUGCAAGGCUUUUUUUCAAAUUAGACUUUCAAUCAAAAGUAGCAUUCAGUAUGAUAAUGUUCCUGUGAUGGAUUUCGACCUGAUAAAUGUGAGGUCGUACACUUUGGAUCUAAGACAGAUGGGAAUAUGUUUAAAGCAAUGAGAAACCCCCACUUGUCUGGAUGAGUGCAGCCGCAACAACACUCAAGAACCUUCACACCAUCCAGGACAAGGCAGCCCACUUGAUUGGCACCACAUCCAUUCCUGCCACGACCAAUGCUCAGUAGCAGCAGUAUGUACUGUCUACAAGAUGCACUGCAGAAGUCCAUCAAACAUCAUCAGACAGCACCUUCCAAACCCACAGCCACUUCUAUCUAGAAGGAUAAGGGCUGGUACAUUUGUGGGAACACGAGUUCCCUCCAAGUCACUCACCAUCCUGACUUGGAAAUAUAUCGCUGUUCUGAGUUUGACAUGUUAAACCGAGGCUUCCUCUAGUGUGUCAUGUGUGUGAAAAUACUACAAAACAUCAGUUAAGAAGAGUGAUAUCACAUCACGCCUCUGCACUGACACUGCCCUCAUGAGUCGGUCCAUCGCAGCCAAUGUGAACAUCUUCCUGCGAAGCUUAGUGAUGACAGUCGGGGUCCCCUUCUUCAUGGUGUCCCUCUCAUGGCAGCUCACCUUGCUGAUACUUAUAGAGUCCCCUCUCACCAUAGUGCUUCAGAAACUUUAUAAUAAGUAUCACAUGCACAUACAACUUGCAAUGCAGCUGGCCAUGUUGUACGCUGGACAGCACCUGAUCCGGAAUGGACAGAUGAGCAGUGGGAAUCUUGUCGCUUUCAUCUUGUACCAGGGAGACUUCGGCUCUUCGGUCCGGAAUGUGUCCUUUCAGCUGAAGCAUGGUGAGAUCACGGCCCUGGUGGGACCCUCUGGUAGGGGCAAGACAGCAUGUGUGAAUCUGCUCGAAAGAUUUUAUAAACCUCAGUCCGGACAGAUCCUGCUGGAUGGCAGACCCAUCGAGGAAUACGAACACAAAUAUUACCACAACAAGAUCCAGCAGGCGUUAUUGAAGGACACGGGACAAACCAUCCUGGUUAUUGCCCACGGAUUGAAGACGGUGGAAAAGGCUGACAAGAUCAUUGUGAUUGAGAAAGGAAUGGUGAUGGAGGAGGGAAAGCAUGAGGAAUUAAUGGAGAGAAAAGGCUGCUAUUUCCGCCUGCUGCAGAGACUGUCUCACAACAGGGAGCGGGGCACAGUUGAGCUUUAACAAGACUCUGAAACAGAGGGCAUGGAGCUGUGAUUAAAACUACCCCUCCCUGAACCACACACUGUCUUCAUUUUACUGUCUGAUCCAACAGCAGUUUUGUAUUUUGCUUUUGUGCAUAUUGAACUGAGCUUUUGGUGUAAUCAUUGUAUCACACAGCAGUGUGAGGUUUGUA